AUGGCGGCAUCCUCUUCUCCCACCAACGUCAAAGGACCACAAGUGUUCAUCAAUUUUCGGGGAGAGCUGCGUAAUAACUUUGUCAUGAAUCUCAAUGAUGCCUUGAAGCGCCAAGGGAUCAAUGCUUUUGUAGACAAUGACCUGAAAGCAGGUGAGAAUCUUGAAACUCUUUUUAGAAAGAUUGAUGAGUCAACGGUCGCACUGGCGAUCUUAUCGAGUAGGUACACGGAAUCACAUUGGUGUUUGGAUGAGUUGGUGAAGAUAAAAGAGUGCGUGGAUCGAGGCACUCUAUGGGUUAUACCAAUAUUCUACAAGUUGAAGACAUCCAUGGUGCAUAAACUUGACGGAGAUUUCGGUCUUCAGCUAUGGAAUAUGUGGAGGACCAAAGAUCAUAAUGAUCGAGACGACCGGAUCCUUAAGUGGGAUGCAGCUUUGCAAGACGUUGGGGGCAAGAAGGCCUUGAGAUAUGAAGAGAGCAGGUAA